UCCUGUAAUUUUAUUAUUAGUAUUUUAAUUAUUAUAGUUAUAAUUAUAUGAAAAAAUAUACGUAUCACCUUCGUGUUCCAUGAUAAUUUAAUAAUAAUAAAAAAAUUCAUAAAUCGGCGACGGCGAUCUCCGAUUUCUUUUUUCCGAUCAAAGUAAUAAAUUAUGUUGUCAUUACAAACCGAUCAGCGGCAGCAACUGCAGCAGCAGUUUCAGCAGCAGCAGCAACAAGCAGCAGCAGCAGCUAGGGUUUCAUUUAAUAAUAAUCAAAAUAUUAUUAUUAAUGGAGAACGUGAAGCUUCGUAUGUUUUGUCGACGGAAAUUGAUCCCGCUGUUAAUUUGAAACUUUCUCAGGGACUUGAUAUACGUGAAGCCGAUGAAGAGACGCACAUGUCCCUUGCUCAUCAGAAGUACAAAUCUGGAGACUUUAGACAGGCAUUAGAUCAUAGCAAGGUUGUUUAUGAUAGAAACCCGUUACGAACAGAUAAUCUUCUUCUCUUGGGGGCAAUAUAUUAUCAGUUACAUGACUUUGACAUGUGUAUCGCAAAGAAUGAAGAAGCUCUCCGGAUUGAUCGGAAUUUUGCUGAAUGCUACGGGAAUAUGGCAAAUGCAUGGAAGGAAAAGGGUAAUAUUGAUGUUGCUAUCCGCUACUAUUUGGUUGCAAUCGAGCUUCGUCCCAAUUUUGCGGAUGCAUGGUCGAACUUGGGAAGUGCUUACAUGCGGAAAGGAAGGUUAACUGAAGCUGCUCAAUGCUGUCGCCAGGCUCUUUCUUUGAAUCCUCGUUUGGUUGAUGCUCACAGCAACCUUGGAAACUUGAUGAAAGCACAAGGAUUGGUGCAAGAUGCAUACAAUUGCUACGUGGAGGCACUUCGUAUACAACCAACUUUUGCCAUUGCGUGGUCCAACCUCGCUGGUCUUUUUAUGGAGUCCGGUGAUCUAAACAGGGCACUCCAGUAUUACAAGGAGGCGGUCAAACUCAAACCAACAUUUUCUGAUGCCUACUUGAACCUGGGAAAUGUGUACAAGGCUUUGGGAAUGGCUCCGGAAGCUAUUGUAUGUUAUCAACGUGCUCUUCAGUCUAAACCAGACUAUGCCAUGGCUUUUGGGAAUUUAGCUAGCAUAUAUUAUGAGCAAGGUAACUUGGAGAUGGCAAUUAGCCAUUAUAAGCAGGCUAUCAGUCGCGAUACUGGAUUUUUGGAAGCAUAUAAUAAUCUGGGAAAUGCACUUAAGGAUGCUGGCAAAGUUGAAGAAGCCAUUCAUUGCUACCGGCAAUGUCUUUCUCUGCAACCAAGCCAUCCUCAGGCCCUCACUAAUCUCGGAAACAUAUAUAUGGAGUGGAAUAUGAUGACAGCUGCUGCACAAUGUUACAAGGCAACUUUAACUGUAACAACAGGAUUGUCGGCUCCUUUUAACAACCUGGCAAUAAUAUAUAAGCAGCAGGGUAAUUAUGCUGAUGCUAUAUCUUGCUACAAUGAAGUUCUUCGUAUUGAUCCUCUGGCUGCUGAUGGUCUUGUUAAUCGUGGAAACACUUACAAGGAGAUUGGGAGAGUUAAUGAAGCAAUUCAAGACUACUCGCAUGCUAUUGUGAUACGCCCAAACAUGGCUGAAGCUCAUGCUAAUCUGGCUUCAGCUUAUAAAGACAGUGGACAUGUGGAAGCAGCUAUUAAAAGCUAUCGCCAAGCAUUGGCCAUACGUCCUGAUUUUCCUGAAGCAACUUGUAAUCUGCUGCACACAUUACAGUGUGUAUGCGACUGGGAUGACAGGAAAAGGAUGUUCAUCGAAGUUGAAAGUAUACUUCGGAGACAAAUCAAGAUGUCGGUUAUUCCUAGUGUGCAACCUUUCCAUGCAAUUGCAUAUCCUCUUGAUCCUUUGCUUGCACUUGAAAUCAGUCGCAAAUAUGCUGCACACUGUUCUGUCAUUGCAAGCCGUUUUUCGCUUCCUACUUUCAACCAUCCGCUUCCUGUACCAAUAAAGAGUUCAGGGGGUAACAAGCGGCUGAAAAUCGGAUAUGUGAGCAGUGAUUUUGGAAACCAUCCAUUGUCACAUUUGAUGGGAUCCGUAUUUGGCAUGCAUAAUCGAGAAAACGUUGAGGUCUUCUGCUAUGCUUUGAGUGCAAAUGAUGGAAGUGAAUGGAGGCUCCGUAUCCAGUCAGAAGCCGAACACUUUAAGGAUGUUUCAGCGAUGACUUCUGAUAUGAUUGCAAGGUUGUUAAAUGAUGAUCAGAUACAGAUACUCAUCAACCUCAAUGGUUAUACUAAGGGGGCUAGAAAUGAAAUCUUUGCUCUGCAGCCUGCACCCAUUCAAGUGUCAUAUAUGGGGUUCCCUGGUACAACUGGCGCCAACUACAUACAGUAUCUGGUCACUGAUGAAUUUGUUUCUCCAACUCGCUUUGCUCAUAUUUACUCCGAGAAGCUUGUGCAUCUCCCUCAUUGCUACUUUGUCAACGACUAUAAGCAGAAAAAUCUUGAUGUGUUGGAUGAAAACUGUCGGCCCAAACGAUCAGCUUAUGGCUUGCCAGAGAACAAAUUCAUAUUUGGUUGUUUUAAUCAGCUUUACAAAAUGGAUCCUGAAAUCUUUAUGACUUGGUGCAAUAUUUUGAAGCGUGUUCCCAAUAGUGCACUUUGGCUUCUGAGGUUCCCAGCUGCCGGUGAAAUGAGACUUCGUGCAUAUGCCUCGGCUCAGGGUGUGCAGCCAGACCAGAUUAUUUUCACUGAUGUUGCUAUGAAGAAUGAACACAUCAGAAGAAGUUCUUUGGCAGAUCUUUGCCUUGACACGCCAUUAUGCAAUGCACAUACAACAGGCACGGAUGUUCUUUGGGCUGGUUUACCAAUGGUGACUCUUCCCCUUGAAAAAAUGGCGACUAGAGUUGCUGGUUCACUUUGCCUAGCCACUGGAGUUGGCGAGGAAAUGAUUGUCAACAGUAUGAAGGAGUAUGAAGAUAGGGCAGUGUAUCUUGCUUUAAACCGGACGAAGCUUCAAGACCUGACAAACAAACUCAAGUUAUCACGGCUUAGCUGUCCUCUGUUUGAUACAUCCCGCUGGGUGAAAAAUCUGGAGAGGUCAUACUUUAAAAUGUGGAAUUUGCACUGCUCCGGCCAACAGCCUCAACACUUUAAAGUGGCUGAGAAUGAUUCUGAGUUUCCUUUUGACCAUUAGUGAUAGGUGUGAGUGAGACGAGGGCGGGAAUGUUGAUGCGUCGGAAGAGAAUGUAUAUCAUUAUAUAAUUGUGGUUUUAGGAUGAUGUAGACACCUAGUAUCUAAAUAUGGUUUGUAGUAUGCAAGAGGUAUAUGAGAUGUGUUACUCAUAUAAUUUCUCUUAUCAUCAUCAGAAUAUGACCCAAACCGUUUGUUGAAGUGAAGUUUAUAUCCGAAUUGCUUUAUGUAUCAAGCUUCACAAUAUUGGAUGCA